AUGGCCGCCAUGGAGCGGUCGACGAAAAGAGAACUCAAGGACCUGAACACGCGAGCGUGGGACAGAGAGGAAGGUGUGUUUCCGGUGCAGCCUUCACUGGACUCCAACCUCAAGAAGAACACGGCCUUCAUCAAGCGUUUGCGGACGGCGAUCAACCCUGCUGGAGUCAGCACCUUUCUGCAAGAGAUACGCUCACUCUCGUUGCACAAGUACUUGACCGAGAUUGUAUCUGCGUGCUUCGAAGGGGUGUCGAAGUUGAAGACGGCUGGUGAGAUCGCAGCUGGCGUAGAAGUGGUCAGUGCACUUCAUCAGCGCUUUGGUCCGGAUGACUUCACCUGCUAUCUUGGCUGGCUGCUAGGACGAGCUCUAAGUAUACCGGACAAGGCGCAACUGAAGGCGUUGUCUUCGGAUGUGCGCGACCGUGAGGAGAGAGAGCGGGUCGCUCGUCAGCGCAUAUUGCUGCGCAUUGCCACGGAGCUGUGGCUCGUUGGCGUGCUACGCAGUCUGGACGAUGUUACGAGACCCGAAGAAGCCGGUAAAUCGAGAGACAGUGGGAAAGGCUUGGAUCUUGCACCCAAAGCGAGAGCUAACGGCGUGGUCGUCCAUGGCGACGCGGAGCCUUUCCCGUUAGAGGUGCUGAAAGAUUUACUCACCCACGAUCGGGAACACGUCAAUUUACCACUGGUUGUCUUGUUCGUCAAAACCUUCGCCUGGGAUAUUCUGGGGUCUAAGGUGGCGAGGAACGAAGGCCGAAAGCAUGUUGCUGAGGAUGGCGCAACCGUCACGCUCAACCGCCAUGCCGACUCUGCCACAUCCACUGAUGAAGAUGAUCCUGCUGAGAAGGAUGCGCCGUUAAUUACUCCGGAGCUCCAGCAACGCUUUCGUAACGUUCUGCUCAGGUACUUCGACGAUGUCAAGACUCACCUUGUGCGUGACCAGAAGCAGUUGACAGCGCAGGGCAAGCGCAAUGCGGAGGCGUACGUCAAAUCCGGUGAAGUGUUCGAGGACCGUCAAGCAAACUACGAGAAAGCGGUCAAAGCGCAGGAGAAGCUCGUCGGUAGCGCCCAGACUCUAGCCGAAGUGCUGGGGGCCGACAUGCCAGAUCUGGCGGAGAAGGAUACAUCGAGCGCUGCGUUCGAAAGCAGUAUCGGACUUGUCAAGACUGGCGAUUACCUCCGCGGUCAGGCAGAAGGCGCUGGCAUUUGGGAGGACGAGGAGGAGCGACGUUUCUACGAGACGCUUACUGAUCUGAAAGACCGCGUGCCGGGGAUCUUGUUGGAGGAUGGCCGCAAGAAGAAGACCGGUGCAGAUGAGCAGGUGGGCAAGAAAACUGAUGAGACAUCCGACGCAAAGGACGCAACAGUUGCGCACAGCGCUGAGAUGGAUGACACUUCGACUGUUAUCGUGAACAAGACGGUCGGCGCGCAAGUUGACGCUCUCCUCGCGAGACUACACGAGUUUCAAGGCAAAGACCAAGUUGACCAGUUCGCUAUUGACUUUUGCUUCUUGAACUCCAAGGCAUCGCGCAACCGCUUGAUCAAGGCUAUCGAGGAGAUCCCGAAAGGUCGGACCGACUUACUACCACUCUACGGCCGUCUGAUCGCCUCCCUCGGCCGCUAUCUAAUCGAUGUGCCUCAAGCAAUCAUUACCUAUCUCGACGAUGAAUUCCGUAGCCUACAGCGCCGGAAGUCGAAAGACUUUCUUGGUCAAGUCCGUAUGGUCAACGUUCGAUACAUUGCCGAGCUCACCAAGUUUGGUGUUGUGCCUGAGCACGUCAUCUUCCACUGCCUCAAGGUCUGCUUGGACGACUUCUCGCGGAUGAACAUUGAGAUCAUUGCGACUCUGCUAGAGAGUUGCGGCCGAUAUCUCUUACGCAACCCGGAGACGUCGCCUCGAAUGUCAUCCUUUCUUGAGACACUGCAACGGAAGAAAGGUGCACAGCAUCUUGGCCAGCAAGAGCGAAUGCUGAUCGAGAACGCCAUGUACUAUGUCAAUCCACCGGAGCGAGCCGCAAUUCAGCAGAAGGAGCGCACACCCUUGGAGCUAUUCGUUCGACAGCUCGUCUAUGUGGACCUCAACAAAAAGACGCUCGAAAGGGUCAUUAAGCAAAUCCGCAGGCUUCAUUGGGAGGAAUCGGAAGUGCAAGAAGCGCUGCGCAAGAUCUUCGUCAAGCCUGGCAAAAUCAAGUACAGCAAUAUUUAUCUUCUGGCGCUAAUGCUUGCCGCGCUGUGGAAAUUCCAUACUGAUUUCGCCAUCUCGGUCAUUGAUGAGCUUCUCGAACGCAUUACAGUUGGCUUGGAAACGAACGACUUCAAGUACAAUCAGCGCCGCAUCGCUGAGGUUCGCUACCUGGGCGAGCUGUACACUUACCGUCUGGUCGACACCGUCAUCAUCAUGGACACGCUGUACAAGAUCUUGAACUACGGCCACAAUGGGUAUGCGCAACCGGGCAAGGUGUCUUACCUGGACCCUCCAGACGAAUAUUUUCGCAUCCGUCUCGUCGCUUCUUUGCUCGAGACUUGCGGCAUGUACUUCGAGAAAGGGUCGCUCAAGAAGAAGCUUGACUUCUUCCUAGCAUUCCUGCAGUAUUACACCAACUUGAAAGACCCGCUGCCGAUGGAUAUGGAGUUUGUAGUGCAGGAUCUCUACGGCCAGCUCCGUCCUCAGUGGAAGCUGGUACUUAACGACUUCACGGAAGCAAGCCGGGUUUUUGCCGAAGCCUGCAAGCAGAAUUACCAAGAUACUGCAGCGGGCAAACUUCCUGAGCCAGAGGAACCGGAAGAGAUGGAGCCAGACAUCUCCGACGAUGCGCAUGGCGACGGCGACGAAGCCGUACUGCCAAAUGGCGCGGCGGAAGAUGUCAAAUCCGACGGCGAAAAUGCGCAGACUUCUUACGCAGAUAUCACGCACCAAGCAGAAUCUGAUGAAGAGAAUUUUGUCGUGACACGUCCUGAGGAAGAGCGUGACCCAGAGGCUGACGCCGAGUUCGAUCGUGAACUUGCCAAGUUGAUGACAGAAAGCGUGGAGACCCGCCGGACUGAACGCAAGCCUGCGUUCGACGUGCCUCUCCCAAUGCGCCGUACUGUGCAGAACACAGCAAGUCAUGCUACAGAUGGCAGUGGUGAUGAGUUGCCGGUGCCAGCAGUGCCAAAUGGCGCACGCACGAUGAAAUUUGCACUUCUGAGUAAGAAAGGCAACCGCCAACAGACUCGCUCAAUCGAUCUGCCAUCCAACUCAAGCUUCGCUGUUGCCAUGCGCACGCAGCAAGAAGCAGAGCGGGCUGAGCAGCAGCGCAUCAAGAAUCUCGUCUUAAACCUAGACCUAAACGACGAUCAGCAUGAUGGCGCAAUCGAGAAUCCGCAUACGACGCCCAGGUUCGAUAAGUCGGGCAAUACCCGCAGCAAGCAACGCGCGAGGAAGCUGAAUUUGGGAGACCUUGACUGGUAUAGUAAACGUUCUGCCCCUGCCUCCAAUGAGCUGCUACCGCCUCCGGCUGCGCAAUCAGCAUCGCUUGGCAGCUACGUCGUUGACAAAGCGGCGCCUCGCGGAGACCGUGGGCGUGGUGGCUCGAUGAGGCUUGGCGGUACUCGUGACAUGAAGACAGGCUGA